AUGUCGUUGUUCAAGACCAAAGAGUGGUGGCGUACAGUAUGCGGGGCCCAAGAAACUUUCGACGGACGGUGUCUGCUGGUGACACCGUUGUUCGGCGAGGAGAAAAAGGACGCGAUCGUGGUGGGCAGCCACGAUGGUUAUUUGAGAAUCUACAGUCCUUCUUCGCAGUGGAUCGAGGAGACGAGAUCGCCGAGCGGGUAUAAAUCGACGGACACGAUGCUUGAAACGCAAAUCGGUGACUGCAUCGUUGACAUUAAAGCCGGGAAAUUUGUAUCGGGCUCGCAGGACCUUCGACUGGCGAUAUUGACGUCCUCGAAGCUGCUGGUGUACAACGCGAUUUUGAUUGACGGUUCCACGGAAUACGGAGAUCGCUGCGAUUUGAAAGUCGCUUACGAGCAUUCGUUGCCGAGACAUCCGGCGUCUCUGACGACGGGUCCGUUCGGUGGAGUACGGGGUCGGGAUUUCCUUUGCGUGCAGUGCUUGGACGGCACGCUUUUCUUCUACGAGCAGGAAGUGUUUGUGUUCAGCCAGGUUCUCAAGAAUCGAUUACUGCCCGAACCGAUCGUCUACAUUGCGCGGAACGAUUUAUUCGUUACUGCUAGCACCUCGUGGUUCCUCGAGUGUUACAGGUAUCAGAGCAUGGCGGAAUCUGUACGAAUCAAAGAGAGACGCGAAAGCAAUGUCGACGCAGUUGACAAUGACGACGACAACCAUGAAGAGGAAGUUGAAGAACAACAGCUACAUCAUCAUCAUCAUCGGCAACGACAAUGGCAACGGGAACGGCGUCCUAUACCCGCCGAUAGCCACGAACCUGACUGGAGAUACAAUAUUGGCGAGGCGAUUCUGGACAUUCAAGCUGUCACGUUGAGCAGCUUCGAGGCUGGUAUCGUGGUUCUAGGGGAACGGCACCUUUACUGUUUGAAGGACAACUGCACGUCGGUCAAAUACGCCAAGAGACUGGAGUACAAACCGCUCUGCUUUCGAGCUUACGUUAUCGAGCCGGAUGGAAAGUUGAUGGUGCUCGUAAUCGCCGACACGAGCACGCUCAUGAUUUACGAAGGCACGAGGCUCAAAUGGUCGGCGCAGUUGCCUUUUGCUCCGGUCACCGUCGCGAGGGCUCAGCUUCAGCACCUGGACGGCGCGAUAAUGGCGUUGUCCGAGGAAGGCCGAUUGGAGGCUUGCUACCUGGGAUCGGAACCGGGUUUGUUCAUCGCGCCGCCUCUACAUUCGAGGCGGUACGAUUACGCGGCCGCGGAACAGCAGCUCGCGGAUCUGCGAGCGCUUCUAAAGCGCAAGAAAUCCUCGGACGAUCGACACUCGAUCGAGACAAGGAUCCAUGUAGACGGGGAUCUGCCGGCGAUAGCGUGCGAGAUCGACGUGAUUGUGAGCUAUAGAAGGGACACGGAGGACGGUAACUUACGAACUGUACGAAAAACGAGUCAGCUGCCGUUGAAGAUGAUGCUACAGAGCUGCCCGCCCGAGAACGUGACCACCUUCACGACGGUUUUGAAGGGCGACGAUCAUCAGCCACUCCUGGGGCUUGCCCGUCUGUUUCCUGAAUUCACCGGCGAUCGAACGCAGACCGGUCAGAAACAGAACUGGACUGCUUUGGGGUUGCGUUACACGAGAAACGGUCAAGGGGUCACGAUCGUAUCGGGGAACGCGAGCAAUCGAUAUCGGGUACAAUCGAACGAUGGAUUGUCGACGACGUUGGUGGUGCGACAGCUGAUCGACAGGCUUGCGGACAGAAAGUACGGGAAUCUCUCGGGAACUAUCGGGCAGGAUCACCUUCGGCUGAUGCACUCACGGAUAGAGGCUCACUACAAUGCUCGUCGAAAGAUCGACGGGAUAACGAACGCGAUCGGUUUGCUGACGAUCCAGCUGAGGAACAUCGAGAAGAAGAUGCUGCGCGCCGUUCGGGAGAGAAACACCGGAUCAUCGUUGUCCGACACUGGAUUGCCGUUCCUCUUCGAGUCGACGUACCGCGCGAUCCUCGAGCGUCUCGAGGAUCUCGUCGAAGCCAGAGCGGAACGCGAACGGGCCGGCCACGAACUUUACUGCAGUGCCAGAUUGCUGUUGCUGAUACUACGGAUGAACACCAACGAAGAAAAGUACGCGACUAUCGAAGCUGCGAUCGGCUUCGAGCCUCGACCAUGCGACAAACUGGAUUGGGAAGAGAUCGCGGACGCAGCGCUGGCGACCAUUCUCAGAUCCGUGACGAAAAAUCCAGGGACCACGGAGACGAAAUCUAUAACGUGGAAUUCGAUCACGCCGUUCGCCUCCGUCAAGGAACUGGCCAAGCUAAAGAAACGUCUGGGCCACGCGAUCGAACGUCUCGACGAGGCGAAGGGAUCGGACAUUGCAGAGAUCGAGCCGAACGAUCUUGCGUCUUCUUAG